AAUAGUAUCCGCUAAGCGCUUCGAAGCUCCGGAGCUGCGACAGCGUUAGCUGCCAGGUAGAGCUGGUGUUGACCAAGAGGGCAGUGGAUGCUUGGCAACCUUGGGCGGGGGGCGGCCCCGAUGCAGGAGGAGGUACACGAGAGCCCCUUGGGCUUGGGCUCUGGGAUUCCUGGGAGGGAUUUGGUUCCUCCUGACUAUCCGUAUGGGAGGCUUCGUCUGUGGGAGGGAGGGGAGAAAAAGCAGCCGCUCCUUCCUCGAAGAUAAAAGGAUAAAGAAAGGCCGGCAUCAUACUCCUCCUCCAGCGCCUCGGACCCCUGCGGCGCUGAGCGGGUUUAAAAAAAAAAAAAACCUAAAUGCGCAUGCGCAGUCGUGGCUCGCUCCUCACGUUUUGUGCGGCAACUUGCGCCUCACAUCCCCAGAGAGGCUAACCCCGGGGACCCUCUUCGCUCCCCCUUUCCCCCACUCGCCGAGCAAUGAAGCCAGGGCCGGAGCCAGGGCCGGAGCCGGCAGAGCCGGGGCUGCGAUUGGGGAAGACGGCGGUGGAGGAGACGCCGCCACCCGCUGAUCCAUUUCUGAAGAAAAUGGCAGCAGCCUUUACUGAUUCGAUCCUGAGAAGAGGAGUGGAUAAUCGGUAUCUGGUUUUGAAGGUCAGCACCAUACAGAGUGAAGGAAGCCAGGAGAAACAUCUCAUCAUAACAGCUUCUCAGUCCCUGGAAGAUCAAGAGCUGUGCAUCCUGAGGAACGAGUGGGAUGACCUUUCAAUAGAGCCAGGAGACAUCAUUCAUUUGGAAGGAGAAUACAAAGCAGAUUCUUGGAUAAUAGAUAAAGAUUUUGGAUAUUUGAUUCUCUACCCAGAUAUGCUGAUUUCUGGUACAAGUGUAGCAAAUAGCCUUCGUUGUAUGAGAAGAGCAGUUUUGAGUGAAAAUUUUCGGAGCUGUGAUUCCAGUUCACACCAAAUGCUCAUCGGCACAGUCCUUCAUGAAAUAUUCCAGAAAGCAAUAAAUGAUUGUUUUGCUCAAGAAAAACUCCAAGAACUUGCUCUACAGACUAUUCAAGAAAUAAAACACCUAAAGGAAAUGUACCAUUUAAAUCUGAAACAAGAUGUAUUUAAGCAAGAAAUAGAAGACUAUCUUCCGUCAUUUUCUAAAUGGGCUGAAGAAUUCAUGCAUGAGCCCACUUCAGCCGAUCUCCCCACGAUGCAGCAAACGUUAUUAAGUGAUAGAAACAAGAAUGAAUCGCCCUGUCGAAUUCAAGUAACAGAAGCUCUGGACAUUGAGGAGAACAUUUGGUCUCCAAGGUUUGGCCUGAAGGGCAAGAUUGAUGUCACGGUCAAUGUGAAAAUACAUCGUGGAUCUAAAGCUACGAGUAGAAUAAUGCCAUUGGAGCUUAAAACCGGCAAGGAGUCUAACUCCAUUGAACAUAGAAGCCAGGUUAUUCUCUAUACACUACUAAGCCAAGAAAGAAGGGCUGAUCCAGAAGCUGGAUUGCUUCUCUACCUCCGGACUGCUAAUAUGUACCCAGUGCCUGCCAGCCGUCUUGAUAGGAGAGAGUUAAUAAAGCUAAGAAACCAGUUGGCAUUCUACCUGUCCCACAGUGUCACAAAAUCCAUUGCGGAAAAGGAGCAAACUCAGCUUACACCAUUGCCCCCAGUCAUUAAUGAUAGUUUUGCCUGUAAAUACUGCUCACAAACGUACAACUGUGCUCUUUAUAGCAGAGCAGUUGAACAACCAAUGGACAAGAGCUUAACGCCAUGUGCCACAUUGCCUAAAAUAGAAAAGAUUACCCAGCACUUGAAAUAUUCCCAUCUUCAGUAUUUCAGCCUUUGGUAUCUCAUGCUAACCCUGGAGUCCCAAUCAAAAGACACCAGGAAGAGCCAUAGAAACAUAUGGUUAAUGUCAGCUGCAGAAAGAGAGAAGGCUGGAGACUGCAUUGGAAGUCUGAUUAGAACAGAAGAUGUACAGACUGUUUGUAAUGGACAAUAUUUACAUUCUUUUCAGCAUAAAAAUGGCACAAUACCUAAUACAAACCUAAUGACAGGAGACAGAGUCAUGCUAAGUGGAGAAGAAAGAAGGUUACUGGCUUUGAGUAGUGGCUAUGUGAAGGCGAUCACCAGGACAACAAUCACUUGUUUGCUAGACAGGAAUUUAUCAAAAUUGCCUCGAGAAACUUUGUUUAGAUUAGACCAUGAAGAAAGAAUUGGUGGUAUUGAAACUCCACUAGGAAACCUUUCUAAACUGAUGGAAAACACCCCUGUCAGUGAAAAGCUUCGAGAUUUAAUAAUUGACUUCCGUGAGCCACAAUUUAUACAGUAUCUGAGUUCUGUGCUUCCGCAUGAAGCAAAGGAUACCGUUGCCAACAUUUUAAAAGGCUUGAAUAAACCCCAGAGGCAAGCAAUGAAAAAAGUACUUCUUUCAAAAGACUACACACUUAUUGUCGGUAUGCCUGGAACUGGAAAAACCACGACAAUAUGUGCCCUUGUAAGAAUCCUCUAUGCCUGUGGCUUCAGUGUUUUGUUGACCAGUUACACUCAUUCGGCUGUUGAUAAUAUUCUUUUGAAGUUAAUGAAAUUUAAAGUAGGAUUUUUGCGUUUGGGCCAAACUCAGAAGGUUCACCCCAACAUCCAGAAAUUUACAGAGGAAGAAAUUUUCAGAGAAAAAUCUAUUAAGUCCUUAACUAGUCUGGAGGAGCUCUAUAACAGUCAACCUAUAGUUGCAACAACAUGUAUGGCAAUAAACCAUCCAAUUUUUUCCCGGAAACGAUUUGAUUUUUGUAUCGUGGACGAAGCUUCCCAGAUUAGCCAACCAGUUUGUCUGGGUCCACUCUUCUUUUCAUCUAAGUUUGUACUGGUAGGAGACCAUCUGCAGCUUCCUCCCCUUGUGCUGAAUAGCGAAGCAAGAGGUCUUGGCAUGAGUGAAAGUUUAUUCAAGAGGCUGGAGCAGAAACAGAAUGCAGUUGUUCAGUUAACUGUGCAGUAUAGAAUGAACAGUAUAAUUAUGUCCUUAAGUAAUAAUCUAGUGUAUGAAGGAAAACUCGAGUGUGGAUCAGAUAAAGUUGCUAAUGCCAUAGUCACCCUACCCUUCCUGAAAAAUGUCAUGCUGGAUCUCCAAGCUCAUACAGAUAAUUUUGAAACUUCUUGGCUGAAGGGGACAUUCGAACCAAAGAAUCCUGUCUGUUUUCUUAACACAGAAAAGAUUCCCGCGCCAGAGAAGGCUGAAAAGGGUGGUGUGAGUAACAUAAUAGAAGCCAAGUUAAUAGUUUUCCUGGCCUCAAUUUUUAUAAAGGCAGGUUGUAAUCCCUUAGAUAUUGGCAUCAUCGCUCCAUACAGACAACAACUAAAGAUCAUCACUAAUUUACUGAACCAUUCUUCUGUCAAUACAGUAGAGGUUAAUACAGUGGACAAAUAUCAAGGAAGAGAUAAAAGUAUCAUUCUAGUAUCUUUUGUUAGAAGUAAUAAAGAUGGAAACCUUGGUGAGCUUUUAAAGGAUUGGAGGCGCCUUAAUGUUGCCAUCACAAGAGCCAAACACAAGCUGGUGUUGCUGGGCUGUGUGCCUUCACUGAGCCAAUACCCUCCUUUGGAGAAGCUGCUUCAUUACCUACAUUCUGAAGACAAGAUUUUCAAUCUUCCUUUGGGAGCACAUGAAAGUAUUUGUCAAUAUAAUGUCUGA